AUGUCCUCGACCACACCCAGACUUGUCGCCGACGGGCUCUGGCAUUGCCUCUGUCCAUCAUACGCCUCGGCGCCGCGAUCGUCUACUCGUAAUGCCUUGAUCCGCCGCCGCCGACCAGCGCUACAAUGCGCCGCUACUCGUCCACGAACCCCGGCAGUGCCACGCUACAACUCCACCCUCUCACCUGUCCGCUUCAACGCAAAUGUCCAUGUGCCGCUCAGGUCGCAAGAGAGUGGUCGUCCGGCUAUGGAUGCCUUUGUACCCUUGGAUGAGCAUCGACACUUAAAGGGCUACGAUACCACCAUGAGAACAAUAACUCGGCCCAAAGCAACCAUCAAAAGANNAGACUACUAUCUGUACAGCACACCGGACUUGUAUGAGCUAGCACAUGCUGCUGCUGCCAAAGAGAACAGUCGCGAGGCAAUGCAGAUAGUCGAAUACUUGGUACGCGUUCGACGAGAGACGCCCAACCUUCGCUUAUACUCCAUCUCUAUACUCGCGAAUGUACAUCCUGUCGAAGGCUCUGCAAGGAGCGUCGCUCGUCUGCUGGCUGAGAUGGAGGAUGAAGGGCUACAGAUGAACGUCCAAAUCUGUCACGAUGCACUGCGUGUGCUGAGUGUUCACAUGGACUACUUGCUGCGCAUCGACAUCCUACAAUACAUGCGCCGUCAAUGGCUGCAGCUCACUACCGAGGGUUAUCACUGGGUCGGCGCUGCCCUGUUCCGCGAAGGUCAGCUCGAGAUGGGUCGCAAUCACCUCGAAGAAAUGCGAAAGGACAAUGUGCCAAUCCAAGGCUGGCUCUACGAUAUUGCUCUGUACACCAUGCUCGAGAUGAGAGAGUUCGAUGAAGCCUUGCUCAUAGUCAAGGACCGUGUGGCCGCCAACGCCUGGAUCGUGAAUCGAAACAUCUGGGCUCACAUGCUCGACUGCUCAGCAGCCUUCUUCCACCAUCCUAGCACAGUCUAUGUCUGGAACAGCCAAGUCAUCCCAGGCUAUCUAUUACCUUCAUCUGGGACAUGCCUGAACGUCCUGACCACAGCUGCUCGCAGNGGCGACGCUGCUCUCGCUACGUCCGUCUUCCACGUCCUGGGCAAACGCAGCACAACAUUUCGACAGAUUCAUUACGAUCAACUCUUGGCCACAUACAUGUCUGCAUCACCACCCGACCUCCAUGCCGCCUUUACCGUCCUCACCAUCAUGGCAAACGUGAAGAUCCCUCCAACCUCUGUAUCUACCCGGCCCAUCUUCACACACCUUGUUCGCAACCCUUCCGAAUGCACAACCGCCUUUGACAUUAUAACCUCUCUCCACGAAAGCGGUCGAGAAGUUCCUAUUGCGGCUUUGAAUGUGCUGAUGGAAGGCUUUGUCGAAUCAGGUCAACUUGAGCAAGCCCUUGUGACGUACAAACACAUGCAUCUCUAUGAACGCAUUGCCGUGGACAGACACGGCAAACCCGUCCGUCGUAGUGGUUCCUACAGCAACAUCGAAACCUUUAACGUCCUCCUUCGCGGCGCGGCAAAACCCAACAGCCAACAGGCUUACGACUUGGCCAUGUUCCUGGUCUCUGAGAUGCUGGAGCUAGGCGUUCAGCCAAACGCUCUUGUGUACGACCGUCUGGUAGUCAUCUGUGUCCAUGACGCCAAGCUCGACCACGCAUACCGCUACUUUGACGAGAUGUACGAGUUGGGCUUCAUUCCUAGACCGCCCACAGCCGGCUUGUUGGCUGAGUCUUUGGCGGAACGAACAGACAAUAGGUUCUGGGAAGUCUUGCAGAGAAUGCAGGACAGAGGGGCUGGACUUCCGGAGGACAAGAAGGAAUUUUUGCAACGAGUGUUCUCCAGAGCUACCGAAAAUAAGGAAGGUCAAUCCUCGAAGGUCUCUGCCCAGCUCAUCGAACUACGGCGGGACCUCAAAGACUCUGGGUUUAAACAGCAUGAGAAGAAGUCUCAGGACCAGCAAUCUAGACAGUGCUGUAGCCAUUGUGAGGAUGACUCAAAUCUAGGACUUGUGGUCAUGCAAGAACAACAUGAGAAAGCCGUUGAUGAAUUCAAGGAAGCAAUUACAACUCUCAUGGAAGCACACGCGACUCUCAAAAAGGAACUAAAGCUCACAAACAUCAAACAAGACAUUCGGAAAGCCAGCACGAUCCCACUGAAGAAGCGAAUUGAUGACCAGCAGACAAUCUCCGAGAACCUAGUCACAGAUUUGAAAGAGCUGCAGCAUGAAAUGGAGGGUAAUUAUGACGAUUGCGUUAGCCUCAUGUCAGGAUGGUUCCAUGAAGAGCGUCAGAGGAACCGAACAGAGAUCGACGAGAUCCAGAAAGAACUUGCUGGACACGACAAACAAUUCAUCAGGACUCAGAAUGCCAUCGCGGAACAUGGCGAGAAACUUGCCAGGAAUGAGAACGACAUCAACGAAACCCAUGAAGGACUUGUCGGCCUUGCAGAGAAUUGUGCUGGACACGGUCGGCGACUUACUGAACACGAUAAUCGGUUAUCUGCUCAUGACGACCUGCAUAUUGCGAAUGGUGAGCGACAUGCUGGACACGAUCGCGACUUUGCUGGAAUUAAUGCUCGAAUGCUUCACGUGGAGAAAACGAUGAGCAGAAGGGAUGUUCAAUACGACGAGCUCAAGGUAUCACACGACAAUCUCAAAGGACAAUAUGACGAGCAGCAGAAGGUCAUGAAGCAACUCAGCACCCGAGUUGAUGAUCUUCAUACUAAGCUCAACGACGUGUGCGAGGCUCGGGAUUUGGCUCUGAGGCAAAAUCAAGCAAGCAUUGAUUUCAUAGCCAAUGAGCGCAUAGAGACCACGAGACUUGAGAAAAAACUCGAAGACGUCCUGGCAGAGCAGAAGAGAAUGGAGGAAGAUCAUCAAGAAAUCCAAGCUCGUAUCAAGGCUUCCAUGCAGACAAAAUUUACGACAAACGCAUCACUGUUCGAGACGCAAGCUGCAAAAAUCGAGGCGUUGAAGACGCAGACAGGCAUUCUUUUAUCGCAAUAUACCCACAUAGAGUCACGACUCCUGUAUUUUAAGGACCUACCAGCACGAAUCCUGACGUUGGAAGAACAAUCUGUCCAACAUACUGGUUUGAAAGAUUGGCAGGCUCGCAUGGAGAUAUACUUCCACGGAACUCGCGACACCAUAUUCACAUGGGCGAGAAGUGAACUCAAGGAACAGCACUCGAGCCUCGCCUCCGAGAUUGGUUCUCUGAAGGCGCAGUCGGAAAGCCAGGGGAAGGAUAUGAAAACGAUGAGCAAGCGCUUGGAAGACCAAGAUCUUAAGUAUCUGCCACUACCUCAUGAGGAAGCCUCCGAAGACGACGCUGGCUGGAGAUCAUCGCCUACGUUGGUGAUAGCGAAUUUAGAGUCCGAUCAGCAAGCAGCGGAAGACGCCGUCCCCGAAAUGUUAGACGAGCCUGACAAUGGUAACCACGAACAUAUCUGGACUACAGAAACGGAAUCGGCUUUCGAGCAGUCAGAACCAGUGCUAGAUCCCUCCGCAGCUCUCUACGAUCCUUGUUCAAGAAGAAGAGUCUCCAGAGAAUCAAGCCCUGCUGUAGAUGAGACAGCGCAAGCGGCAGAUUCUCCUCUCUCUUCAAUACCGUCCAGUGUCUUGGCCGAAAUGGAUCGGAAUGCCGAAUUUGACCAACAGUCCGAUCUGCUUGAAAUGUCGAGUCACGAAGAUAACGACAGCCAACCCGACCAAGAUGGUAAUGAAAAUUCAGUUCAGGAGUCUGACGCAGAGAGUGGUGAACGAGCGAUUACGCUGCUGCCGAUUGGUAAGUAUUUUUGGUCUGACGAGGAGGUCGGAGUCUUGCAAAACACGAUGCGUGAGAUUGACGAUACGCGCAUCCCGAUGAAGGAACGUUAUCCGAUGUGCGAGCAAGCACUCAAAGAUAGAGGCUUCAAGCGUACUCGGCUUGCCUGUAGUCGCAUGUGGCGCGGAACACUUGCCACUGGUGAUAGGCGCGUAUGGAACCUGCAGCAGAGCGCACUUUUGAGAGACACAGUAGAAGCGACGGCAGAAGAAUGGGAUCAUCUUUCAGGUCCCGAGCGCUUCGAAAAAGUCAGUGAGCUACUGAACAACAGUGACAUUUUCCUCUUCAAAACUAGCGCAUGGGCUUGCUUCCGACAAUGGUACCGUAUCCAGCAGCCCGAGGACCUGGAUGUGAACUCCUCCGAUCAGUCCAAUGCGCAACGUGACAAAUGUCAAACUAUCUGGAAUCAACCAGCUUGGUCUAUUGAGGAGACCAGACUCCUUCGCGAGGUAAUGGAAGGCCCCGUAGGAGAUUCCAGAUCGAUGGCGCAGCGCUUUCUGGUCUGCGAGAGGAUGCUCCAAGAGCAAGGUUUCACACGGUCGUCGGAAGCUUGUAAGCUUCGUUGGAUCACACUCGAGACAAGCAAAAGCCAAAGGUGGACGGAGCACCAAAAGGUUCUGCUGAGGCAGGCAGUCAAGGAUACCGUGAAAGACUAUGGCCACGGCUUCAGCGAUCGACGCUUCGUCAGAAUCAAAGAGCGGUGGAGAAUCGAGGGUGAACAGGAGUUUAUCGAUGCACGAUCAUGUGCGCGUCGAAAGAGAAGGUCUGUGGUGUCUCCGGUACCUGAAGAAAGUAGCUUGCUUGACGGACCCAGCGAGGAGCACACCACAAAGGCAUCCAAUCUCCUCGAACAUCUGAUGGACGAGCAAGACCCCGGACCCUCACGAAAAAGGCAGAAACAGAACUCUUCAGUUGUCGAUCAAUCAACAACAAUCGAGGAGUCGCGCACUGAACAAGUCGAGCCAAAGACGACCAACGGAGCUGGCCUUGCGUUGGUGCCCUCUCAUCGAGAAACGCCAUCAUUACUCUCGAGCACUGCUUUGUCAUCAGAAGAACAUUCGGCCGAGACUAGGCAUCUCUUCCACGAUCAAUCUGUGAACGGACUUUCUGAUCAAAACCGCAUUGCAAAUUCUAUAGCCGAGCAGAUUGUGAACGAGCAGCUGCCGCACGAGCAGUCACCCACCACUGCCGCCAUGGAAACCACUUUAGAGAGCUUUGCAGAACAGCAAGACCACGACGAGUCCGAAGCCGAAACAAUUCAAGUCGAGACUCGUCGAUCAUCUGACCUUGACCUUCAAGAUGCCAAUCGGACACCUGAGAACAUUCACGACUUCGAGUUCGCAAACUUCAGGUGCUAUGAGGAAGUGCCGAACAUUGACGGGUCUGGACCUCUGGCGCAGAGCAACGGCACAGACGCUUUGAUGCACGAGCAACCAAGUCAAUUUUCCCUGAGCACACUGAGUGACAAUCAGGAAGCAGCUCUCGAAGGCAUGUCUGCAGCAGAUCUAGCCGCCGUGGUAGCCGACGAGAUCGCCGCACACUGCGAAGAAAGCACCCCUGCCUUUAACUCUAUAGACAUUGGUUUCUGGAUUGCGGAUGAUAGCUAG